GGGGCGUGGCCAGACGAACAAAUGAAGCUCGUCCGUCUUGUUUACAAUACAAACUCUGUAAAAUUUUAAUUUAGUUUUGAAAUUUUUGAAUAGCUUGAAAAACGUAUUAAAUAACUUGAAAGGCAAAAUGGACGAUAAAAAGGAGGAAAAUGAGGAAAAGAAGAAAUUGGUUUUUGCCAAAACCAUGUACGACGUGCAGAGGAUUCGACUGGAGAGGUUAAUGCAAAACCCGGACAAGCCAAUUAUAAUUCCUGAAAGGCCAAAGGAACGACAAGCGCCAGACGCUCCGGAUUUUGUCAGAAACGUGAUGGGCUCCAGUGCUGGUGCUGGCAGUGGAGAGUUUCACGUGUACAGGCAUUUGAGAAGAAAGGAGUACGCCAGGCAAAGAGCAAUUCAAGAAAAAGCAAAGAGGGAGCAACUUGAUGACAACUAUCAGAAGAAAUUGGAUGAUAAUAAAAUGAAAGCAGAUGAAAAGACUGCCAAGAAAAGAGCAAAGAGGUUGAAGAAGAAAGGCAAGCAGAAAAAUAAAAAACCCAAGACAGCAGAGCAGAAAAAGGAUGAUGACAGUGAAUCAGACACAAACGAUGACGAAGAAAAAAGUGAAAGUGAAGAAGGGAGUGAGAAAGCUGAGAAAGGACAAGAGGAUGUACAGAGAGAAAAAUCUGAUUAAUCAGUACAAAUCAGUGUUCUUGAUUAAAAAAUCGUUAACAUGAUUUUAAAAAAUAAAAAUUCCUAUCAUAUGAAAGCAAUAAUGGGAGUUCUGCA